CGUCAGAUCGUUGUCGAUGACUGUUACGUCAGAAGGAACAGCGAAAGAACAAAAUGGAGGAGUAUGCCAGAGAACCAUGCCCCUGGAGAAUUGUGGACGACUGUGGGGGAGCCUUCACCAUGGGGGCAAUCGGUGGAGGAAUAUUCCAGGCAGUAAAAGGAUUCAGGAAUGCUCCCUCAGGGAUGAGUCACAGAAUGAGGGGUAGCAUGACUGCCAUCAAAACCAGAGCCCCACAGCUUGGAGGAAGCUUUGCAGUAUGGGGAGGCCUCUUCUCCAUGAUUGACUGUGGUUUAGUAAAAGUACGAGGGAAGGAAGAUCCCUGGAACUCAAUCACCAGCGGGGCCAUGACGGGAGCCAUCCUCGCUGCAAGAAAUGGACCAGUAGCCAUGGUUGGCUCUGCUGCCAUGGGAGGUAUCCUGCUAGCUUUGAUAGAGGGGGCUGGCAUCUUGCUCACUAGAUUUGCCUCUUCACAGUUCCCAACUGGGCCACAGUUUGCAGAGGAACCGGCCCCUGCUUCCAUGCCCUCCCCUUCAUUCGGAGACUACAGACAAUAUCAGUGAGAGAGGACUCCACGGUGCUCAAUCAUUAGCCUUUUUUUGAAUUCCUUGCUGAGGUUGUGAAGAAGAAAUGGAGAUGUUAAAAACCACACAUAAAACGAUAGCAACUGCACCAACCUUCAUGGACUAAGUCAGAGAAGCAAAGGACAAACUCAUCUUCAUUUUCCUUCUUUCAGGAGCCAUGUACGGAUCUGCCUUUUUGCCAUUCUCAGCCUUGUCAUGUGCAUCUCUUCCACCUAACACUGGUUAAAUACAGACAUGUGGUGAGAUCUGUAAUAGAACAUUUGUAGGGACGAGAUGUGUUUAUAUAUAUAUAUUUUCUGCUACUUCAUGUAGCCCAAACAAGAGGGAGUUUAAGUCUGACCAUGUCUGGAUAGUGUUGAAUAUAAGAAAUACAUGUCACAGAUGGAUUCUAUAGAGGUAUAACAUAUGUGUAAAUACAGUAAAGGCUUUCUUCUUGUAUCCACUCAGUCUGUCUUUGCUUUGAAUAAGUCACAUGCUUGGGCUGGCCAUUGACUGCUCUCUGGCCUGUUUAUUCUAUUCAGAGUUAUGAAGGCAAACCCCAAAACAAACAAUGCUAUUUCUAGGUUAUUAGUCUCUUUUAAAGUGAUUUAUUUAUUUAAGGAUGUAAAGAAUAUGUUCUAUUUUAUGUGACAGUGCUUUUACAUUCAACACAAAUGGGUGGAAAUGGCUGUUAGUGACAAAGGAUGGCAUAGGCACGACAAAUGAAUGGAGAAACUCAAGCAAGGGAUUGAUACAUACUGUUUUAAAUCUGUUUGACAGAUUGUACUAUGAUAAAAAAUAAAGAAACAAAUUGUAAAGUG